AUGCAAUUAACUUUUUUCAGUUCUCUUGCAGUUAUUACGUUUUAUUUCUUUUCCUUUGUUCUAGUUUUUUCUUUUUUUCUUCUUUCUUUCAAGUUCUCUCUAUCAAAUAUUUGUCUUCGUGAUUUCUUAGAAUUUUCUUUUUUCUUUUUUCCCUUCUUUUUUGUCGUUUCUUUUUCUCCUACUUUUUACCUUUUCUCUUUCCUUUCAUUUUUUUUUUCCUUCUUUUUUUUCUAUUUCUUAAAUUUGUUUUCUCGCUCUUCUCAGUUUUGUCUCCCUCUCGCUUCACGAUUUUUUAUUUUUCUUUCGUUCUUCUCUUUUUCUUUCGUUCUUCUCUUUUUCUUCUCUGCUAUCUUUUCUUUCUUUCUUUCUUUCUUUCUUUCUUUCUUUCUUUCUUUCUUUCUUUCUUCCCUCCUCUGUAGUUUUUCUUUUCCUUCUCUUAUUCUUCUCUGCUAUCUUUUCUUUCUUUCUUUCUUUCUUUCUUUCUUUCUUUCUUUCUUUUCUUCUUUUCUUUUCUUUCUUUCUUUCUUUCAAAUGUUUAAAAUAUAUAUUAUGCCUUUCUUUCUUCCCUCCUCUGUAGUUUUUCUUUUCCUUCUCUUAUUCUUCUCUGCUAUCUUUUCUUUCUUUCUUUCUUUCUUUCUUUCUUUCUUUCUUUCUUUCUUUCUUUCUUUCUUUCUUUUUCAAAUGUUUAAAAUAUAUAUUAUGCCUUUCUUUCUUCCCUCCUCUGUAGUUUUUCUUUUCCUUCUCUUAUUCUUCUCUGCUAUCUUUUCUUUCUUUCUUUCUUUCUUUCUUUCUUUCUUUCUUUCUUUCAAAUUUUUUUCUUUUCCUUCUCUUAUUCUCUGCUAUCUUUUCUUUCUUUCUUUCUUUCUUUCUUUUUCUUUCUUUCUUUCUUUCUUUCUUUCUUUCUUUCUUCCCUCCUCUGUAGUUUUUAUUUCACUCUUCUCAACAAGUGGCAUUCUUUGUUUUCCUUAUCGUCUUUUCUUUCUCUCUUUACACCUGCUUGGUCUUUCUCACACUCUUAUUUUCUUCUUUACUCAUUUUGGUUUCUUCUCCUUUCUUUCUUUAGAUUUUACAUUUUCUUAA